AUGUAUUCACCAAAUGAAAGCAUUUAAAUAACUUUAUUGUACUCAAUAGUCACUGAUUAUGCAUAGGAAUUUUAACUAGAUAAAAUAAAUUUCCAUUAUAAAAAUAUUCAAUAGAUUUCCAAUGAUCUAAAUGAUUCAUAAAAAGUUAAAAUCAAAGGAUUAUUUGGAUGCUAGAAAAAUAUUGAAAGAGAAAUUUAUAAUGAAUUUAAGAAAGAAGUUGAUCUAACAGAAUUUUUAAAAUAAUCAGACAAAGGAAAUCUGAUUAUAGUAUAGUUCUAAAACGAAAUGGUAUUUUCUUUGAUUCUACCUAUUAAAUUCUUCACUAAAAAACCUAUAUUGGAAAAAUCAAUAGAAAUUGUUCUAUUAAGAAUUCUGCAUGAUUUUGCUGAUAAUAUAUAAUUAUGUUUAGAUGAAACUGUGUUUGCAGAUUGGUAUUCUGGAGAUAUUGUACCUUUUAGUGCUUAAUUAUUAGAGCGAUAUGAUUAUGAUUUUGCUGAAGUAAGUAAUCAAGAGAUAUAGAUGUAUCAAUGCUAGUAUUAUUAGCGUGAUUAUGAUAUUUCAAAAUGUUAAAUUAUUAAAUCUCAAUCUUUGUUACCAUAAGUUUAUAUCGUAGAUAGCUUAGAAAUGAAUAAAAUAGAACAGUUAUUAAACACUUAUAAUGAAUUCACUGAGGCCUUGAUGAUCUAAAUUAUUACCAAACAAAAUCCUAGCAUAAUUCCUUUAAUUAAUUCUUUUAAAAAGGAGCAUUAAAAUGAUAAAUUAAAAGGGUUACUAAAUGACUUUUCGAAGAAAUUAUAUAAUGAAAUAAUGUAAUAAAGGUAAAUAUUAACUUAAAAAAUUUUUAAAAAUCUUUAAUAGUGGUAUAAUUGCGUUUAUUAACAGGAUAAAAAAUAUUAGCAGGAAUCAGAAUAAAUUGUGAACACAAUUUUAUAAACUGUUAAAUUGAAUUAAUAGAAACAUCCACUUUUUUAAUUUAAUUUAACUUAAGAUCACAAAAAACAUAAUGAGAUUAUUCAAUUUCAUUUAGAUAUUAUUUAUAAAAAAUCUAAAGAAAUAUAGUCAUAGUUUUAAAAUUAAAUCAAAUAAUUGUUUUCAGAAUUAUGUUAGUUAACAAAAUAUUCGGUGAAGAAAAUAAAUUUAAAAAUCUAUAGAAAGAAUGAAAAUAUAACUGAAAGAAUAUUAAAUAUUUGGCCUUAUUUCGAUGAAGAUUAAAAUUUUUGCUUAGAUGGUAGUUUUUUAAAAAAUCAGACAUUAAACUUUGAAAUUAAAGAGAUCUUUUCAACAAAAAAAAAGGCUACUAUUUUUAUAGUUUACACAUAAACUACAGCUUAUAUUUUAUUUUUGUAGUUUUAAGCAUCUUAAGUAAAAGUGAUAAGAUAAUAAGAACUUUAUGAAAUAAAACAAUCAGUUUAUUAUUAUGAUUAUAAUCAAGGAUAAUUAUAUGUAUUUAAUCAUAGAGAUAAAUAUGUAUAAUCAAUUAUGAUUUCUCCAUUAGGAAUUAUUUAAAAUGAUCAAUUUUUUUGUUAUUAAUAGGAUAAUUAGAAUAAUUAAUUCUUAGUAGAUUAAGUAGCAUACAUUAAUGUUUGUAAAAAGUUUAUAGUAUUGUCCAAAAACAAUACAAUUUAUGCAUAAUCUGAAAAAGAGUAAUAAUUUCGAAUACUUAAAUGUUUAUAAGAAACUAAAAAGGGAAUAAAAGAAACAGAAUUUACUCCAAGUAUUGAAGCAAAUGAAAAAUAUAAAUAAUUAUUAACUUGCCCAAGUGGAAAAUACUUUUAUCUUGCUAAUUAUUAUUGUUGUGACAGAUAUGAUUAAACAGGCAAAAGAUUAUAAUCAAUUCCUAUUAGUGGUCAAAUAAAAAUAUUCUCUGAUUCCUCUAUGUGAUCAUUUUUGAUUAAUUUAAUGAAUCAUCAUUUUAAAAAUAGAAAAAGAUUCAUGUAAUAAGUAAUUUAAUUUAAUAAAAAAUAUUUCAUAAAUAAUAAAGUGAUAAAAAAUAACUUAUAGGUAAUCCUGCAUUAGAUAUUGUAAAAGGUUCAUUCACUAAAUUUGGACCAAAUGCUUAGUUUUUAUAUAAACAAAAAUAAAAAAAUAUUCAUUUAUAUAUUGAACCUAAAGGAUAUAAUCAAAUAGAAUAAUACUUCAAUAAUUUGAAUUUGAAUAUGGUUAAUUUGAAUAACCAAGAGAUUAAAUUCUCUGAAUGUGAUAGCAAUUAAAUAAUUAAUAUAAUUUUUUCAAGAGUUCCUUUGUAAUUGUGCACUAUUGAAAAUGGAAUUUUGAUACCUUUAAAUGAUGGUUUUAGAUAACUAUCAUUAGUCUAAAGAAAUAUAACAGUAGAUUCAAAGGUAAAAUAGUUACAUCUAGGAUUUUUAGAAGACUAUCUGUAAGCAGAAGAAAAGAAUAUUUUUGUUGUAGGUAUUAUUGGAAAACAAUCAUCAGGCAAAAGUUACUUAUUAAAUAGAGUAUUCGGAACAAGAUUUUCUGUUUCAUCAGCUAGAUGUACUGAUGGAGUGUGGGGAAGUAUAGCCUAUGUGGAUAAUCAGAAGUUUUUAAUACUUGAUUGUGAAGGAUUAUUUAAUGGAGCUAGGACUGAAAAAGAUGAGAUUAAAAUGCUUGCAUUUGUUACUGCAAUAAGUGAUAUAACUAUUUUAAAUUCUGACUCAACUUUUAGUCGUUAUUAGAAUGAACUCUUUAAUAAUCUAGUUGAAGCAUCUAAGUAAUUAAAUGAUGAAAAGUUGUUUAUGGGUUUGUUAUACAUUAUCAUAAGAGAUGUUAGUAUUACUGAUAAUAAAGGAGUAGAUUAAGAAUUAUUAAAAAAUUUGGACAGAUUAAAAUCAGCUGAUUCUUAGGAUAUUAUUUUUUUGGAUAAAUUAUUUAAUAACAAACUCUCUGUUGAAAAAUUAGUAAAUAAUGAAAACUCUUAUUUUGAUGAACAAUUAAAAAAGGUUAGAAGCUAUUUCUUAAAUAAUUCCAUGAAAACUAUUCGUUGGAAAAAUGGUAAAGAAUUAAUAUAAAUGGUAAAAAUUGUUCUUUGUCAGCUAGAAUUAUCUGAUACUACAAAUGCAAGCCUAAUAGAUUUUCAAAUUAGAUUAGAAUAAAUUUAUUUUGAAAGCAAAGCUCAGUGGUAUAAAUUUUCUUUAAAUUAACCAAAUUGCGAAGAUAUACAGUUAAUUUAAGGAAAUUAUUAAUUUGAAAUCGACGAUGAUGAUUACAUUAUGGAGAAUAAAGUAAUUUUGAAAUAAUUAUAUGAUGAUCUUAAGCUAAAUGAUACUAUUAAUAGUCAUAAAUUAAAUUUAUAGGAAGCUAAUAAUUAACUUAAUAAAUUGAUGGAAUAAAGGAAGGAACUAAUUAUUUAGAAGACUUAAUCUGAAAUAUCUGAUAUUAAUGGUUUAGAAGUUUAAACAUAAAUACAAAAAGAAAAUUCUAAACUUUUAGAUUUUUUCUAAAUUUAAAUUAAUAGAUAUUAAUUUUGUUAAAGUAAAUGCAAUGAGUGUUAUUUGACAUGCAAAUAAUUCAAGAAUCACAUUGAUUAUUCUAGCAAAUUGAAAGGAAAACUUGAAAAUGAAAUCUCUAUUUUAGAAGAGUUAAGAAAUAUGUCAUCAAUAAAGGAUAAUAAAGAAGAAUAAGUGGUUAGAAAUAGUCUAAUUUGUAUUGCACAAAAUAUUGAAGAGAUAGAUAAUACCUUAAAAGAAUUAACAAAUUUAAUUAAGUGGUCACAGAUUUAAGAUUAAUUAUAAUAAUUAAUGAAUGAAGUUCGAAAAUCUCAUUUUUUUAAUGUUGAAAAUCUUUAAAAUUCUGAAAUCAACUAAGAAUUGGAAAAGUAAAAUAUACAAAUUACAUUCGAUAUAAAUUAUAUCAAUUAUUUACAAGAAGAUAUUAAUAAAAAGUAGCAAAACUAAGUUUAAAAAUAGAAUAAUAAUAUCAAUGAAAUUAAGAAAAUUAAAGAAGAAUAUUUAAAACUUUAAUAAUCAUGUCAAGAGAUUGAGAAGAAAAUAAAGGAAUAAAAAAUAAUAAAAAAAGAAAAAAAAAAGGAAAUAGAAAAACUAAAUUUAGAAAAUUAAAAAAUAAUAAGUGAUAAAGAGGAAAUUAAAAAUUAAAUUCAUGAACUUAAGAUCAUUUAUGAUGAAAAGGUAAGAAAUGAACAUCAAUCAUAAAUAAAUGAGUGGAACAAAAAAAAUAAUGAAUUUAAAAAUGAAAUCACUCUUUGUUAAUCAAGAUAUGUUGAAAUUUAAAGAGAAAUGGCUGAUUUUGAUAAAAUGUCUUAAUCAGAAUUUAUUUAAAAGUUUUAAUCUUUGUAAUAAAAAAAGAAGGAGCUUGAUGAUUAACUUAAUUAAACAAAAUAAAAAAAAAAAGAUUUAAACGAAAAGUAAGUCCAAAUUAAUUUUAUUAAUUAAGAAUUAUAAGAAAAAAUUUAAGAAUAAUAAGAAUUAUAAAAGAAAUCUAAAGCUAAAUUAAGCAAUAAAAAUAAAAUUGAGAUUGAAAUUGAGAAUCUUAAAAAACAAUUAUUAGAACUUGAUUCCCAUGAUAUCGAGAAUUUAAUCAAAUAAUGCAAUUAAUAAGAAUUUGAAUUAAAGAAUAGUAUUGCUGCUGAUUAUUUUUCUAAUGUGGAUCUAUAUGUUUAGAGUUUUGAAAUAGUAAUGAAAGAUGAAACUUUUCAAAGUAAUUAGUUAGAUAAUUAAAAGCAAACAAUUAAUUAAUAAGGAAUAUAAGAGGAGAAUCUAAAUGAUGUUAAUUUAUAAAUUGAAUAAAUUUUUUAAGAAGAAAUUUAAGAAGAGAUAUAGCAUGAUUAGGAAGAUUAGAUUAAUGAAGUCUAAUCUAUGAAUAUAAAAAAAUAUUUUUUGAAUUUAAAAAGCUAAGAAUGUGAAGAUUAUUAAAAAGAAAUAAUAAAAUUAUAGGAAGAGAUUCAAAAUGCUGAUUAGGAAAUCUAAAAAUCACAAAAAAUAGUUGAUGAGUAAUAGAAAUAUCUUUAGUUGGUGAAUGCAAAAAAAGAAAAAAAAGAAUUACUUAAUAAUUAUUAGAAUUAAUUAAAGGAUUUAAAUAACUAAUUAAAAUUGUUUUCAUAAGAAUCUAAUAAUUUCAAAGACAAAUUACAUUAGACCUAAAAAGAAUAAAAUAAUUUGAAAGUAAAAGAACAAGAAAUUAUUAAAGAAAACUAAUAAAUACAUGAAUCAAUUCAUUAAAUGAAUAAAAAUUUGAAAGAACUAUAAAUUUUGUAAUAGGAUUUAAUGUAAUGUAAUAUUUUAGAAUAAUAAAAGUAGGAACAUGAAUAAUUACUUAAAGAUUGGGAUGGGAAAGAAGAUUAUAAAAAUCAUUCACUUGAAGAUUUAUAAUAGGAAAAGUAAAAUAUGGAAUAACAAAGAGUAAACCUCUUAAUUUAAUAAAAAGAAAAUAUAAAUAGUCUUGAAAUUUACAAUAAAGUAGAAACAGAUGCUGGAAGAUUCAUUAGUUUAAAAUAAAAAUUGAUUGAAUUAGUUAAAUUAAAUCUUAAUGUACAUUCUUGUUUGAGAGAAGAUCACAAAUGUGAUUAGAUGUGUAAAGUAUGUCCGGAUAAAAUUUGCGAUAAUAAAGCUGGUCAUGAUGAGAAAUAAGAGCAUUUAUGUUCCUCUAAUAAUCAUAAAUGCAAUAUUUAAUGUGAAAUAACUUUAUGUGAACAAAAAUGCAAUUUAGAAUUAAACCAUUCUAGAUAACAUAAUUGUACUAAUGAUCAUCCAUGUGCAGAAUAAUGUUAGUAUUGUAGUAAAAAAUGCCAUAAAGAUAGGUCAAUUCCACAUUCCAAUCAUGAAUGUGAAGAAUUAUAUUGUACGGCAAAUUGCAUAUUAUGUGAAAGAAGAUGUAAAGAAAAACAUAAACAUUCAUAGUUUUGUAAUACAUAAUGUGAAAAGGAGCAUUAACAUUCAGUAGAAUAAUAAAAUCAUUUAUGUGGAGAUUAGCAUGAGUGUAAGGAAAUGUGUUAAGAGAAAGGUGUAUGUCAAAUAAGAUAUACUCAAGUUGAAAUAAUGUGGUAAUCUAAAUUCUCAUUUGUUAAAUAUACACCUUAAGGUGAUGAAAAAAAGAAAUGCUGUAGAGAUAUCAAGUCAGACAAACUUAAACAUGAAUAAAUACAUAGUUGCAUGAUAGAAACAGAAAAAUAAUUUCAUUUUUGUGAUUAAAAAUGUCCUGAGUGUAAUAAAAUUUGUGAUUUGAAAUAUGGGCAUCCUGGAUGUCAUUCCUCAUAAGUUCAUAUAAAUAAGGAAAAUUAGAUAUUUACAUUAAAAGAAGGAUAAGAAGAGAACAUAGUUAUUUAAGACUAAAAUAAUAGUACUUUGAGACAAUAUUAAGUUGGAGAUAAAUCUACUCCAGAAACAUGUGAUUAGAGUUGUAAAAGAAGAGGAAAAAGUCAUUAUCAUUUAAUUGAAUGUAAAGACCAAAGUUAAUGUUUAGAAAAAUAAGUAAAUAUUAAAGCAAAACACUCAAAGGAAAAAUAUGCAGGAUUUUAACAUCUGAAUUUUGAUGAAGUAUUAUGUCUAGACUUUUGGAAACUUAAAGGUUGGGCUCAUCCAAUUCCAAAUGAAAUGGAUAAUAUAGGUCAAUGUAAUUAUUACUGUCCAUUAUGUAUAAAAAUAAAUGGAGAAUAUCAAUUUUGUUCUCAAGAUGCUUGGCAUACAUAAGAUAACAAGAUAAGUUCUCAUUAAUUUCCAUGUACAUUGACUCACAAAGAAAAAUGUAUACAAGGGAUUAAAAUAGCUUUUGUAAUAGACACAACAGAAUCAAUGUCUACUUACAUAAAUAGCUGCAAAAAUAUCAUCUAAAGUAUUAUUAAAAAAACUAAAGAACAUAAAACUAUAGAUAAUAUUGAUGUUGAUAUGAAAUUUGCGAUUGUUUCAUAUAAAGAUCAUAAGGUUCCUUAUGAUUAGAAUGAGAAAGCUGUUGAUGUUUGUGAAUUUACUUCAGAUAACUAAGCAAUAUCUUUUUUGGAUAAAUUGUCAGCUACUGGAGGAGAUGAUACACCUGAGGCUGUUUUAGAUGGCCUAUAUGCUUCUUCGUAAUUAAAUUGGAGUGGCAAUUAUUAAAAUUUGUUAUAUUUAAUUGGUGAUGCCCCUCCACAUGGAAAAAAAUAUCAUAAUUUUAAAGAUUCCUAUCCAGAUGGAUGCCCUUGUAAAAUACAAUAAAGUCAAAUUUUUACGCAUAUCAAAAAUGCAAAGAUUUAAUUUAAAAUUAUGAAAUUAAAUCAAAAUAUUGAAGGAAUGAUUACACUAUUUAAAUAAGAUUACCCUGAAUUAAUAGUAAUUACUCCAUAAGACAAAGAUGAUAUUACAUUUUAGAAUUUAAUAAUUGGAGAUUUAUGCGAAUAUUUAAGUCAUAAUGAAAUAACAUAUUAAAUGGCAUGA